AUGCCUGACUCCAUCGCCGAACCCUUUACUAUCCCACUUUUUCACACUCGUUCCUCUUCAGCAGAACAUCCUAUCCUUCCCUACCACCGAGCCCAGACCACUGCCGAGACAAAUAACAACAGAAGACCUUCAUCUCAGUCCCACGAUCCCGACAUUGAAUUGAACGAGUUCCGCAACAAGCAGGAGCAUCAGGUUGAACUCCCACAGCCGACGCCUACAGAGACCGACGAAGAGGAGGAAGACUCUGAGAUCGAACAUUCCGAACGGGAUCAUCUUGUCGCUGAAAGUUCCGAAUCACAGAUGAAACGCAGCAAGUCCAAGAAGAAUAAAGGAAAACAAUCGCCCUCACGUCCCGGCUUGCGCAUUGAAAUCGACCAGAACGGUCACGCGAAUGGGCACGCGAACGGCACUAUGGAUGCACAUAUUGAACACCGACGAAAACACGUCUCGAGCGACGAUCCCGCGGCAAAUGUGACGAGAGCCGUGGGCAGAGAUGAUUUUACACUGGACAAUGAACCACCACCGCCAACGCCACAGACGCCGGGCAUGGUGAAUACCAGCUUUUCGAAUCUCCCGCCCAAAGACAAGCGGAAUUUCCUUCUCCUUGUUCUCCUCUACUUCCUCCAGGGGAUACCAAUGGGUCUUGCCUCCGGGUCCGUUCCCUUUCUCUUGAAAAGCUACCUGUCUUACGGACAGAUUGGCAUUUUCUCUCUCGCCAUAUAUCCGUAUUCUUUGAAACUCCUGUGGAGUCCAAUUGUGGAUGCUGUUUGGAGCAGAAAAUUUGGACGGAGAAAGAGUUGGAUCACCCCCAUCCAGACCAUUUCGGGACUUUCCAUGAUAUAUCUUGGUGGCCGGAUCGAUGAUCUGAUGAAAAGUGCUGGUGAUAACGACGGAGCCGCGGUGUGGGGAUUCACGGGGUGGUGGUUUCUUCUUGUCUUUCUCUGUGCUACCCAGGACAUCGCCGUUGACGGUUGGGCCAUAUCACUUCUGUCCAUCCAAAAUAUUUCGUAUGCCUCGACAGCUCAGACCGUGGGGCUGACUGCCGGCUCUUUCCUCUCCCAUACGGUUUUCCUGGCGUUGCAAGCUCCAGACUUCGCCAACGCCUGGUUCAGAAGGGUACCUCAGGAAUAUGGGCUCUUGACGCUCGGCGGCUACAUGGAAUUUUGGGGGUGGGUCUAUCUCAUUGUUACGGUGGGCCUGGCUGUCAUGAAACGUGAGGAAAAGACGAACGAACGCGAUGGGAUCAUGGAAGUCUAUCGCAGCAUGUGGGCAGUGCUCAAACUUCCCAAUAUCCUGACCAUCAUUAUCAUCCAUCUCAUCUCCAAACUGGGAUUUGUCACCAAUGAUGCCGUCACCAAUUUGAAGUUGCUCGACAAAGGAUUCGGACAGGCUAACAUGGCCUUGGUCGUGUUAAUUGACUUUCCCUUCGAGUUAAGCUUGGGGUACUAUGCUGGUAAAUGGUCAACGGAAUAUACGCCCUUGAAAUUGUGGUGUUGGGCAUACGCAGCACGACUUCUCGCUGCGGUGUUCGCACAGAUCACGAUAAUGAUCUAUCCUACCGCGAUCGACGAAGCAGUGCCAUUAUGGUACAUGCUCGUCGUGAUUGCUGAGCACGUCUACUCAACAUUCAUGAACACCAUCAUGUUUGUCGCAGCGUCAGCAUUUCAUGCGAGAAUUGCUGAUCCCGCGAUUGGCGGGACGUACAUGACACUAUUGGCCACCGUAUCAAAUCUCGGCGGCACCUUUCCGAAAUUCUUCAUUCUCAAAUUCGUCGACCUCUUCACCAAAGCCACGUGCAUUCCGCCGUCGGAUCUGGACGCCUUCAUCAAAGCCAACCCAGACGCCACCCCCGUAACUUCCUCAUUCAGCUGCGCUCUCGAGGCUGACAAGAACGUAUGCCUCAAAGGCGGAGGCACGUGCCUCAUGCAGCGCGACGGAUACUACAUCACGAAUGUGAUUUUCGUGAUCGUCGGUGCCGUCUUGUUCUGGACAUUUAUUGAGAGGAAAGCCCUUGCACUUCAAGCUCUACCACUGCGUGCCUGGAGAGUCCAGGGAGACCAUUCAUACCGUCGGGUAGCCACGGGUUGA